UGGCCAAUCAGCACUUACCCCCUUACGUACUUCCUUUGACGGAAAAGUCUGCGCGGGGCAUGAUAUCUGUUAGUAAGACCUGUUUCACUGUCUUUUAUCUCUCGGUCAUCAUCAGACAUGGACGGGCUGCACAUUUUUCUUGUCGUUCUCUUAGGAGUUGUAUCCUGCAGUCAUGAUUCAAUUUCUGGAUCAGUGUUGGAGGCGACAGUCAGACCAGGAGACAACAUCACUCUCUACUGUGACUGUAAAUCAUCAACUGGAGUAUACAUAGUGUGGUACAGGAACUGCUCUCAUGAAAACCAGCCUUCUCUUGUCCUUAGAGUAAUACGCCGUUCAUCGACGGACAAUGACGCUAAUUUUAAUCUGAAGAUUUUCCCUCGUUUUCAAUUUGUGAGAAACUCUUCUUCUGUAUCCUAUGACCUGCUGAUCAUGAACAUCACCGAGUUUGAUGAGGGCUUCUACUACUGUGGAACUGAACAGAAAAUAUUGGAGGAUAAAGAAUUGAUUACUUCCAGAUAUGUUUACAGCUAUGGCAACGUCACAACAAGGAUCCUAUUCCAAUCCAGUGAGACUCAUCUCAAUGAGACUCAACGGGACUGUGGUGUGUGUUGGAGUCUGCUGUACUCUCUGUGUCCAGCUUCUGCUGUUCUCUCCUCUCUCCUCUCCUCUCUUCUGGUUUAUCACCUCUGUCAGAAAAAAGCUAAAGAACCUCCAGCUGAUCAGCAAAGACCUCACACAAGACUGAAUCAGGAUGAAGAUGUGUGUUAUGCUGCUCUGGAAAUCCGUCCGGCAUCACAAAGACCAAAGAAGAAGAAAACCCAGAGUUCUGACUUCAGCACCUAUUCUGCCAUCAAUACUUCUAGGAUGUAGAGACAAACAAAAGACAUGACUAGAGACUAGGGAUGCUAAUUUUGAAUUUUUUUUACUGUCCAAUAACCAACCCUUGUUUACCGAUUAUUAACCGUUAACUGAUAACAUUAGUACGUCACA